AUGGAGGAGGGCGGCCGGAGCCCCCGCGAGGAGGCGGCCGAGCCGCAGGAGUCCGGCGGCGACGCGGAGCCCGGCGGCGGCGGGCGGCGGGCGCUGCUGCUGCCCGCGGUGCUGCCGGCGCCCGGCGACCCGCCGCACCCGCACCCGCACCCGCACCGCAUCACCAACUUCUUCAUCGACAACAUCCUGCGGCCCGAGUUCGGGCGGAGGAAGGAGGCGGGCGGCGCCGGCGGCGAGCCCCGGCGGCCCGGCGCGGAGAGCCGCCGCAGCCCCGCCGCGGCGCCGGCCCCCGGCGCGCCGCUGCCCGCCGGCGGGGCCGGCUCGCCGGGCGCGGGGGAGGGCGGCCCCGCGGCGCUGGCCCUGCACGGCGCCGCCAAGAAGGGCGGCGACCCGGCGGCGCUGGAGGCGGCCCUCAAGUCGCGGGGGCUCGGCGGCGGCGGCGGCGACCUGUCGGUGAGCUCGGACUCGGAUAGCUCCCAAGCCAGCUCCAACGCCGGGACGCAGCCCAUGCUCUGGCCCGCCUGGGUGUACUGCACGCGCUACUCGGACAGGCCGUCCUCAGGUCCCCGCUCGCGCAAACCAAAGAAGAAGAACCCCAACAAGGAGGACAAGCGGCCGCGCACCGCCUUCACGGCCGAGCAGCUGCAGAGACUCAAGGCCGAGUUCCAGACCAACCGCUACCUUACGGAGCAGCGGCGCCAGAGCCUGGCCCAGGAGCUCGGCCUCAACGAGUCCCAGAUCAAGAUCUGGUUCCAGAACAAGCGCGCCAAGAUCAAGAAGGCCACGGGCAGCAAGAACUCGCUGGCGGUGCACCUCAUGGCCCAGGGGCUCUACAACCACUCCACCACGGCGAAAGACGGCAAGUCGGACAGUGAAUAG